AUGAGUGACUGGUUUGUGGAUGAUGAGGGGUCGUGGUUUAGUACUGGGCAAGUAUGGACAGCUGAGUCUGGAUCGUCGAGUUCAGAACCGUCGAGCAAUUCGGAGCACUGGAUCGUAGUGACGGACUUGGAACAGCAGACACUAACAGAUCAUGAUAGCAGCAGUGAUUGGGACGAGGACGUAUAUCUUAUGCCGAGAGACAACGUGCAGCCCAGCACAACGGUGAAUGAGUAUGGCGAACACAUGACAUGGCCAGUACAUUACCCUGAGGAGGAGAGAAUGGUUCCAUCUACUCAGAUCAUAGAGAUCAGUUCAGGCGAGACUACACCAAACUCUUGGGAUAGAGAUAGUCCACCAAGUGUUCUACCGCAUAUACCAAUGCCGCAUGUAUUUGCACCGGAGGUGGAGUAUACCCCCGUUGCAGUUCAAGUCAAUAGUGAAGUCUUCAGAAACCAACCUGAAGAACCGGAUACGCCGGAACCAACAUGGGAGGAUUAUCUUGGACACCAGAACGUAUCACCCACGUACUGGACAAGGAAACUCAACGAGAUCGCUGGAUACACAUCAUCAAUGGAGCAUGGAGAAGGAAGCAUACCUCAAGAUCAAGGAGAAGCUAAUGCGAUAUGGUGUACAAUGUAUGGAGAACAAGAUGCACCAAACUCGGUGGCAGGCAAUGAUCAAUAUCAAAUACCGGAUCUUAACCAAACCACGGAGGAAGGUACCGGAGAGAAUGAAUGGCCACAAGAUGAUGAAGGUCUUAACCUAGCAAGAAGGUGGGAUGAGAUAAUCGCCACAGAAUUGGAGAAUCUCAGAACAGAGGGUAAUGGCCAGAGCAAAUGUGUCACGCCAAAGGGGAAGGCCUCCCAGAAGACUCGCGAGGAUGAGAGUCCCAGCACCGUCUCAAGUCACGCUACCAUGCGAUCAAUGUGGAGGGACGGGACAUCAUAG